CGAACAAACCUCCAGAUUAUAGAAGGCAAAAGGCGCUGCGCGUUCGAGCACGACGCCGAAAAAUAAUCGAUAAAUCGAAAAUAACAUGACGGAUAACCGAUGCGUCUGUCCGCGAUGCCUUCAUCCAUCGUGUCCUCUACCGUACGCGGAACCACCGUACGACGAAGUGGCGCACGAAAUCGACAACAACUUCAUAUCCGUGAAAAUACCGAAAAACAGAGGGAAAUUCGAACCCGAAGGUACACAGCAGCAACAAGACAAAUCGAGCUUCGACUUUAAUUGCGCGGAUUCCGAAGGUGAAAAAUGCAAGCCAGGCUGUACGAAAGUGCACGUGAUACCGGAUCAGAAUCCACCGGCGAGAAAGCCCGAGGAGGAGAUACUUUCGUUGAAGGCUAUAAGGCACAUUAUGCCAAACGACAACCUAAAGAACACUCUCGAAAUUGAAUUUAAGGCGCCGCGAAAUUACAUUCCUCUGCCAGAACUCGGACCAACUCCUCCCAUAAUUGUACCGAAGCAGCCUAUACGGAGAAGGGGUAAGGCCACGCGCAAAAGGAACAAGUAAGAUUCGCCAUGAGAGAACGCAAUUACGCUUCGUGCGCUACUUGGAGUCGCCCGAGAACGUUUGCAGCUCGAGUAGGAAAAAGUAAACGAGGUUUACCUCGAUGGUAGGAUACGUUUGGCAGAAAAUCGGCCCUCUUUAGGGAUUUACGAGUGACACGAAACUAAAGCGUUCGCCACUUUGUCGUAAACGCAAGGCCAGAACCGGGAGACCGAAUAAUGGAACGAUAAAUCACUAGCAUUAUAUUCUUGCGCAUCUUGGGAAACGAUAAAUCAUACGGCGCACCGAAGGCAUACGGACGCGCCGGUAUUAAACGUUUUCGGAGCCAUUGUCUUGCCUGCUGGCAACGGGGAUCUUUUUAAGUCCUGCAUUGCGUCUCAUCCGCUUCAAUGAAUCACAGGUAUCCACGAUUAAACGGUACCGCUUCGACUUUAAGCUGCGGACGACACCGGUGUACAAGCUAAAAGCAAAUCAGCGUAACGCUAACUGCGCACGCGAGAGCAACGAAAAACCUGUAAAUCUCGGUGGCAGGCGUUGAAUUUCGAGGGAAGUUCGUUUCAAUUACGAUAAUGGCCACGGCGAAACCAUUACGAGAUAGAGAGCGUCUUGCCUGUUCGCUGGAAUUCGGUUUGAUUAACAACCUUAACACAGAAGAUUCGCGAUAAUAGGUCGUUAAAGUUUAUCUACGAUCCACGGGUAAACGAAGUACCAGCACGGAUGCUUGUUUUUACGGGGACGUAUAUUUGCGUGGAACAUGCGGAUGUAACAUCGGCGGGCAAGGAACAAUGCAGAUGCAGGGGAAAUGGAACAAUCGCGUUCGACGAAAGUUUCAUGGAAAUUCAGCGAUUACGAUGUCGGAACACGACGUUUCUCAAUGGAUUCGAAAUAUACUCCGAGAACAAAGCGAAUCGAACCCUUGUAAAAGUUGGCAACGACAGAUACAAUAGUGCGUGCCCGAGUGCAUACGUACGCUGUUUUUUGCAUGCAUCCACGUGUUGCUAUACAAAUUUCCAACGAAUUUCAAAAGAGAGAUCUACGAAAUAUACGCACAGUUGACGGAAGUAAAAUUUCAUCGUGGCACGUAUCGAACGUAUCUACGUCAUGCAGCGCGUGAAUAAAAUACGCUCUUUUCAGAGUGCAUCAACGAGAACCGAAAUAAAAAUGUUUGCACGCUCCUCCGCGAGUCCCGUGUUCCGCUUAAUGAAAAUGUUCCCAAUGCCGUAAUAUAUUCUCCAUCGAGGAACAAACACGCGAGAUCGAUGUCGAUAAUUAUUAUGUCCUUGAAAAACCUAUAUCCAAACGAACUCUUAAUCUACGCCGUUCCCGAUUAAUUCCAAAUUAUCAGCAAUUUCGGGCUAGAAAAUUCGUUAUCGCGUUUAACGAGACCUCCUCGAUCGUCGCGUAACUAGCUUAUCAUCGAACCUACUCGUUCGGCAAAUCUCGUGAGAUUGCAAUUUACACGGCCAACGUAUCGAUGUUAAACCGGUGCAGAUGUAUCGCUGUUUACUAGCGGUCUUACUAAGGAACAGCGACAUAACGAUCUUGCGUUUCGAUGGUCUCGUUAUUACGACGCCCGACGCUCCGAUUCCAGCCAAUUUUCCUCCGCUACUGCUCCCGAUUAUCCUUCGAAAUUAAACCGAAAUCGCGUUUCCUUUGCGCUUUGUAUCCCAGUUAAACAGCUUAAUUACGCAUCAACGAGUGUCAAAUGAUACCCCAGAAUGGUUGUCCUCUACCAAAUUGCGAGUGAACGAAUACGAUUCUUUGCAAAGACAACUUCUCGCGCAACAGCGAUUGAGAAUCCACGGGCAACGUUGGAAAGGAAAAUUAGAGUAAUUUACGGAGCAACCGAUUGAAAAACCAGCUAGGAUUCUCCUUCGUCUCAAAAUCCGUCUCUCUGUCCGUGUUCCCCUUUAUAAAUAUUUAUUAUGCGCAAACAAGAACGAGGAAUCCUGGUAGAAACCACGCA